GAUUAAUUAGGAUCCCAGAUUGAAGAAUAAAAAAGCUUUUUAAAUUGUCGCUACAGCAUUUUUAAUUUGUCAGUAUAUUACACUGCUGUUUGUUUGAGUGAAACUUGUGUAUGGUGUGAAUAAACGAUAGAAGAAAAUCUGUUUUGUGUUUCUGCGCGUUAAUAUUUCAAAUUUGUUUUUAAGAUGUCUAACUCAGCUGAAAUGCGGCGACGGAUAGCCGCAAAAUAUGAUGUGGAAAUGGAGAAAGCGGUAUUGGAUUGGAUGGCAGGUGUAUUAGAAGACACAAAGUUAUUCCACAAUGUUUCUGGUCCGCAAAGUUUACACGAUAAACUAAAAGAUGGCGUCAUUCUGUGUAAGCUGAUGAAUAAAAUCAAACCGGGAAGCAUAAAAAAAUAUUCACACAAACCGAUUGCCCCGUUUCAAAAGAUGGAAAACAUUUCCUUCUUUAACCAAGCUAUGAGAGAAUACAACGUGAAACCGGAUUAUGUUUUUGUGACAGCGGAUUUGUUUCAAAAGAAAAACAUGGUGCAAGUUUUGAUUGGAUUAAGAGCACUGGGCACGAGAGCUACAGAGGAAGGUGUAAAACCUGAAAUAUCCAUAUAAACAGAGUGCAGAACCAAACUUGUUUCCAGGAUCUUAUAGAAUCUUAGUACUUGUUAAAAAGAAAAAAUCACUGGGGACACUGGGUUAAUGAUAGAUGUAAAGUUGUAAAUGAAAUUUUUAUGUUUUAUUUAAAUCAAGAUGACCAAUGUAAUCUUGCAUGUGUUACGAUUUGCUGUCCCAAUAA